AUGUCCCAGAUCGGCGUCACAGGCAAGAGCAACACCUCCCGCGCGGUCUUCACCUCGCACGAGCGCGCCAUGGCCCGCGUCGCCUGGGGCGCCAACUCGGCCCGCCUCAACCGCGACUCCUUCCUGCCCUUCGCCGCCUGCCGCCUGUGCCUCGAGCCCGCGCGCGACCCCGUCAGCUGCGCCGCCGCCGGCGACCUCUACUGCCGCGAGUGCGCGCUCAGCAACAUCCUCGCCCAGAAGAAGGAGAUCAAGCGCCUCGACAAGGCGCGCGAGCGCGAGGCCGCCGAGGCCGCGCAGGCGCGGGAGCGGCUCGAGGCCGAGGAGCGCGAGAGGGCGGUCCGGGAGUUCGAGCUCGUGCAGGCCGGGCUGGCCGGCAAGGGGAGGAUACCGUCAAGAGGCGCUGCUGCCGAGGAGGAGGAGGAGGCGACGACGUCUGCGCGGCGGCCAGAGGAAGGAGGAGGAGGGGGCGCUGGGGCUACAGCGGCGAUCGAGAACGGCGAGAAGCAGCGAGGCGAGAAGCGCAAGUUCGAGCUCGACGAGGACGAGCUGGCGCGGAUAGCGAGCGAGGACAGAGCCAAGGCGCGCAGGGCGAUAGAGGACGAGAAGGCCGCCAAGCCCACCCUGCCGUCCUUCUGGACGCCCUCCAUCACGCCCUCCUCCAACAAGAACAACGCGCUGCACGAGGUCAGGAAGAAGACCAAGUCCAGCCCGGUCUGCCCGGCGUCCCCGGCCGACCAGCCCCACGCCUACUCGCUGCACACGCUCGUCACGGUGCACUUCUCCGAGGAGGCCGACGCCAAGACCAAGGAGCGGCAGCGCGUGUGCCCGGCGUGCAAGAAGGCGCUGACCAACGCCUCCAAGGCCGUGCUGGCCAAGCCGUGCGGCCACGUGCUGUGCGGCAGCUGCGUGCGACAGUUCAUGACCCCCGCGGGCCACGACCCCCACGCGCCCGAGGCCGAGGCCGGCUCGGUGCGGUGUUAUGUGUGCGACGCAGACCUGACGGGCGGCAGGAAAAAGAAGGCGGAAAGGAACGACAAGGACAACAAGGACAAGGACAAGAUACGGCCGGGCCUGGUCAGCAUCCGGAGCGAAGGGACGGGCUUCUCGGCAGCGGGCGCAAACGAGAGACUGGCCAAGGGGUCAUGUAUGCUGUUGCCUUCUCCUUCCCCCCUUCUCCUCACUCCCCACUCCUCAAUCCUUCUUCACGAUCCGCUGGCUCCCCCCCAGCAUGUUGAUGACGACGCUCCCCCCGUCGUCGACCGUCUCCCUGACCGUCUUCUCCACCGCCUUAUACGCCUCGCUGUCGCCGAGCUGGCGCGAUCGCCGGGCGAGCUCGCCCCGCAGCCUCUCCGACGUCUCGCGGGCCGUCUCGCUCAUGACCCGCGCCGUCUCGCCGCCCGCGCCGCUCAGCCGCCGGGACCCCUCCGCGACCCCGCCGCGGACCCUGUCGCCCGCCUCCCGCGCCGCGGACCCGACGCCCCGCACCACCUCGCUCUCCGCCACGCGCCGCGAGGCCUCGGCGACCCCGCCGCGCACCCGGUCGCCGACGUCCCUCGCCGACGCCUCCCCCACGGCCCGGAUCUUCUCUCCGUCGAUCUCGAGCCUCCGCGCGCCGCGCACGAGCCCGCCGCGCACCUUGCUCGCGGCCGCCCGGGCCCGGCGCAGCAGCGCCUCCCUGCCGGCGGGCAGGCGCCGCAGCGCCGCGACGACGAGCAGGCACAGGCGCACGGCGAGCGCGUGGAUGGCGUCCUUGGCCAGCAUCGUGGUGCCGUGGCCCAAGAAGGCGCGCAGCAUCUCGCCGCCGAGCCCGGCGUACAGCGCGCCGGCGCCCUCGGUGCGCGCGAUGCGGAGGAUCGCGGCCAGGGUGCUCUCGUCGACGAGGUGGCGGAUCGCCCUGGUGGACUUGGCGGCCGCUUCCUUGAUGCCCGGCUGCUGCUGUUGAUCAGCCGUUCUAAUCGUUUCCUCCUUCUCGCGUCCACCCGAAUCGGGACCUUCGGUUGCGCCCAUGACCUGCGCCCUGGCCUUGGCCACCUGGAAGGGGUACGUGACGGCCGUAGCGACGGCCUUGCUCACCGCCGCGACGAGGAACGUCCCCGCCGCGUUCACGGGGCUGCCGCCGCCGCCGCCGCCGUCUUCCACCGCACCCCCGUCGCCGCCCGCCAGCCCGCUCCGCAGCGUCUGGUCGAGGAAGAAGGUGAUGCUCGGGUUCAGCGUCAGCACCAGGCUGGCCGAGUACCCGGCCCAGAGGCCCCGCAGCCCUUCCUCCCUCCAGAUGCGCCGCACCAUCCGCAGCGCGCCGGCGUCCUUGUCCUUCUCCGCCGCCGCCGCAUCGUCGCCCUCCCCGCCCGCCGGCAGCAGCGCGGCGGUCUGCUUCCGCGCCACGACGUUGGCGAACGGCGUCGUCAGCGCGCGCGCGCACGCCCCCGCCGCCGCGCCGACGGCCAGCUCCUCCACGGCGCCCAGCCUCCUGCGCCGCCGACCACCGUGCGACCGGGCCGCCGCGCCGAGCCGCCGCGCCCGGAACCAGUUGUAGAAGAGGAAGAACAGGAAGCUGUCGAGCACCGACUUGGCGACGUCGGUGCCCAGGCCGGCGUACAGCGCCGCCAGGCCGCCCUCGCGGGCGUACACGGAGCGCAGGGCGUCGAGGACGCCCGCGUACUGCUGCUGCUGCUGCUGCUGCUGCUGCUGCUGCUGCUGCUGCUGCUGCUGCUGCUGCUGCUGCUGCUGCUGGUCGGGCGGCGACGACGACGAGGACGAGGACCCUCCUCCGGCGAGUUGCCGCUGGACCUUGAGGCGCGUGUUGACGAGGUCGAGCGGGUAGGUGACGAGGGUGGAGACGGCGGUGCCGCCUGCGCCCGAGGCGGCGUGGCCCAGGGCGGGGAGGAGGUUUGA